UCUCAAAUCUUUUCCUCUCCGGCCGUCCAACCAACCAUGAACUCUGCCGCUAACGAUUCCGUUCAGAAGCACAAGGUCGUUUUCAUCAUGGGUGCCACCGGCACGGGCAAGUCCCGCUUGUCCAUUGAUAUUGCCACUCGUUUUCCGGCUGAAAUCAUAAACUCGGACAAGAUACAGGUCUACGAGGGCCUGGACAUAGUCACAAACAAAAUCUCCAAUCUGGAGAUGAAAGGGAUUCCCCACCAUCUCCUCGGCCAGGUGCAACCUAACGCUGAUUUCACUGCGACUGACUUUUGCGUUCACGCGAUGGUCGCGAUGGAAGAUAUCGUGAAGCGAGGGAAGAUUCCGGUGAUCGUUGGCGGUUCGAACUCCUUUAUGGAAGCCCUGGUGGAGGACCCGCAGUUUGAUUUCAAGGGCAAGUACGAGUUUUGUGCCAUCUGGCUCGACGUAUCGUUGCCAGUGCUUGACUCUUACGUGAGGAAACGAGUCGAUCAGAUGUGCCAAGCAGGGCUGGUGGAGGAGGUGCGGGGGAUGUUUCAGCCGGACGCCGACUACACCAGGGGAAUAUACCGGGCAAUUGGGGUACCGGAGCUGGACCAGUAUUUUAGAGCGGAGGCGGAGGUCGACCAGGCAGCGAAGGCGGAGAUGCUGGAGGAAGCUAUCGAACAGAUCAAGGCAAACACCUGUGACCUAGUGAGAAAACAGCUCGGUAGGAUCUAUUGGGCGUGGGACAAGUUGGGGUGGCCGCUGCACCGCAUCGACGCGACGGUGGUGUUCGAGAGCUCCGGCCUGGAGGCUGACCUUAUGUGGGAUGAACUGGUGGCGAAGCCGAGCCUGGCGGUGGCGAAUGGAUUACUGAACGCAUUUUGA